AUGGGCCUCCACAACCCCCUCCCGACGUCAUCGGUCAAGUCGGAAUGCAAAAAAUGCGGCAAGAUCCUCGCUUCCUUUGUCAACCCGCGACAGUCCUUCGGUCCCGACAAGGUGAUCCCGCCGUCGAUCCUCUCCAACGCCAAGGGACUCGCCGUCAUCACCAUCCUCAAAGCUGGUUUCCUCGGCAGCGGUCGAAUCGGCAGCGGAAUCGUCGUUGCGCGAUUGCCUGAUGGGUCCUGGAGCGCCCCGAGCGCCAUCGGUCUCGGCGGUGCCGGCUUCGGUGGCCAGAUCGGCUUCGAGCUGGCCGAUUUCGUCUUCGUCCUCAACGACACGAGCGCCGUCAAGACCUUUGCCCAGGCUGGGUCCUUGACUCUCGGAGGCAACGUGUCGCUCGCGGCCGGGCCGGUCGGGCGCAACGCCGAAGCCGCCGGUGCAGCCUCGCUCAAGAGUGUCGCCGGCAUCUUCAGCUACUCGAAGACGAAGGGUUUGUUUGCCGGCGUCUCGCUCGAAGGAUCGGCCAUCAUCGAACGUCGGGACGCCAACGAGCAACUGUAUGGCACCCGGUACACUGCCCAGCAAAUCCUGACCGGCACCGUCCGCUCACCACCUGAGGCCUAUUCUCUCAUGUCCGUCCUCAACUCGAAGGAAUUCAGUGGCGGGAGAAGCGCCCCGGCGAAGAGAGACUCCAUGUACAAUGACACUCCAGUCUAUGCCAGUGAGCACGACGACGUUGUUUGGAAGGGCCGCCAAGGAAGCGCAUACGGCGAGAAUGGCCAGCAGGAUCGUCCCGGCACUGGCACGAGCGCCGACUUUGAGCCGCCGAAACGCUCGAGCACAUGGCAGAACGACGGCUACGACCGCCAGAAUUCCGCCAUUGCCGCGCGGUCGCGCUCAAGCACCCUUGGCGCCAACGGAGGAAGCGCCAGCAAUUCUCCUGCCGGGAAGAAGGUUGCCCCUGGCCGUCCCGUUGCGCCCAAGCCUAACUUUGCGGCGAAACAGGCACCGAACAAGAACGAGGCGGUGGCGCUUUAUGACUUUGACGCCGAUCAACCUGGUGACCUAGGUUUCAAGAAGGGGGAUAUCAUCACCGUGCUGAAGAAGACGAACAGCGACAACGACUGGUGGACGGGAAUGCUAGGAACAAAACACGGGAUAUUCCCCAGCAACUACGUCAAGAUGAAGGAGUGA